AUGCACGGACCGACGGACCGACUGACGCCUUGGGUCGCCGACGGAGGGCCAGCAGGCCCCCAGCCGAAGGCCCGGGCACCGGCCCCGCCGGGGCCGCGAAGGCCGCCAGGGAGGGCGCGAUCGCAAGAUCAGGCCUCACGGGCAGAGAGUCUUCAGCCGGCGACCCCGCCGCCACCCUCGCUCGGUGCCCCUGCGACGCGCGGUCCUCGCGGCCGCCUGCGUUGCCUCGCGGCUUUUGGUCCCUCCCUCUCGCCGUCCUUCUUGCCCCUCCUCCCCCGCCCUCCGGGUUGUCAGGGCAACCGGAGAGACGCCGGCCCUGGAGGAGAGGCUUUCGGAGGGGCUGCGGCGGCGGCGGCGCGGGGGGCUCGGCCCGUGGCGCCCCAGGAGCAUCUGACCAUGGAGCCCCAGAAAAUCACACCAUCCUCAAAGCCUCAUCCACCUGUUGUGGGCAAAGUGACUCAUCACAGCAUUGAAUUAUACUGGGAUCUGGAGAAGAAAGUCAAGCGGCAGGGACCUCAGGAGCAGUGGUUCAGGUUUUCUAUCGAAGAAGAAGACCCCAGAAUGCACACUUAUGGUAUCAUUUAUACGGGAUAUGCGACUAAGCAUGUUGUGGAAGGUCUGGACCCACGGACGCUGUACAGGUUUCGACUGAAGGUCACCAGCCCCUCCGGAGAGCAUGAGUACAGCCCGGUGGUCUCGGUAUCUACGACCAGAGAACCCAUAAGUAGUGAACACUUGCAUAGAGCUGUCAACGUGAACGAUGAAGAUUUGCUGCUUCGAAUACUACAAGGAGGCAACGUUAAGGUUGAUGUUCCCAAUAAGUUUGGCUUUACCGCUCUGAUGGUCGCUGCCCAGAGAGGAUACACCAGGCUUGUGAAAAUCCUCGUUUCUAACGGCACAGAUGUGAAUCUGCAGAAUGGAAGUGGCAAAGACAGUCUAAUGCUUGCGUGCUACGCAGGACACCUAGAUGUUGUGAAAUACCUCCGAAGACACGGUGCUUCCUGGGACGCUAGAGACCUAGGAGGCUGUACAGCUCUGCACUGGGCUGCAGAUGGAGGCCACUGCAAUGUGAUUGAGUGGAUGAUAAAGGACGGCUGUGAGGUGGACCCCAUGGACGCUGGCUCGGGGUGGACCCCGCUCAUGAGAGUCUCUGCGGUCUCGGGGAACCAGGAGGUCGCCUCUCUGCUGAUUGACGCAGGCGCGGAUGUGAACAUGAAAGACAAAGACGGGAAGACCCCUCUCAUGGUGGCCGUGCUGAAUAACCAUGAAGAAUUAGUCCAGUUACUUCUUGACAAAGGGGCAGACGCAAGUGUGAAAAAUGAGUUUGGCAAAGGUGUCCUAGAAAUGGCCAGAGUUUUUGACAGAAAGGUUGGGAUGUUCUUUCUGCCCUUUGAGGCUCAUUUUGCAGCACUUAAAAAAAAACACAAAAAAACCCAAACCUUGGAUUACAUGCACCUGUUUUUGUUUCUCUAGAAUGUAGUCUCCUUAUUAGAAGAGAUGAGAAAAAAGCAAAUGGCGAAGAAGUCACCUAUUCGCUGACCGGGGCACCGCCUACCUCCCUCCGAAAGCCAAGUGAAACGAAGCAGAACGGGACUUGAACUAGACAGCUGAAAUUCUGCAUCUUUGAGGGCUAUACGUUUGAUUAAUUAUUUGGUGAAGAUUCACAGUACUUUUGUAACAUACGACUGUUCUCACUUUGAAAUACAUCUUUUAACCUAAGUACGCGUGGUGGUGGUGUCGUCAUCGGGCGUCUGUAGAACGGGGAUAUUUUCUUGUGCUCAGGCCUUUUGGAGUUAGACGUGAAGCAAAAUAUUUAUGUCCUGGAGCUGCACAAACAUACACGGGCCUCCCACUUCCCGCUCCUGCCCUCCAAGCUGUCCUCCGAGCCACUCCAGGACCCGAUGGAAAUUCCUUCUCCCAUGUGUUUUUAAUUAUGUCCCUCCUUCCCAACCUAAGGCCUUCCAGGCCGUGUGGUCAGGCUGGUGCGCCCUCCUGAGAGACGCUCCUCCUGAAAGCCCAGGAGGCCACGUGAAGAGUUUUCCACUCAGCCGUUGGCCUCACAUCAAAGCACAAGAUGCAUAUUUCAAGACUCCGAUUCUGCUCCAUUAGAGCAGUCCUUUUAGAACAGACCUGUCUGAGGAUGUGUUUGCGUACACUCAGGCCCGGACAAUGAAAGAGCCGGCCUGCUGGCCUGUUGACAACUUUGCCAAAGAGGAGUAUAUUAUUACAUCGAGUCCUCGGAGCAGAAAGGGUUUUGAUGCUGAUCACUCAGUUCUAAGACAAGUAGGACUGAACAGGUCUGCUGGUUGGGAGCUCAGACACAAACGUGUUCGAGCUUUAGUUUGGCAGACACACUUAAAAAUCAGCAAAGAGGGGAGCGAGCCGACCGCAUGCAUUUCACGUCUCCAGAGACAAGCUGGUUAGCUUGACCCCAGGAGAAGACCAGCUACAGAGGUCUGCACGGGACUGGAAUUUUCUCUGCAGGGAAAGAGCAAUUAAAAGGUUAUUUAAGUGCCAGAGCUCUGGGGGAAGGGCAUAGAGAAGAAACACACCAUCAGUUUUUUGAUGUUGGCAAUUCUCAGCUUUAUUCCAUACAGCUUAGACUGUCCACCUUAGGAACUGGAUCUGUGGAUCUUACGCAGUCCUCUCCUUAGAUAUUUCACUAGCGUUUUACCUUUCGUACAAAUGCUUAUUCCUUUAGAUUUGUUGGAAUAGAUUUUAAAAAUCUCUCUAGGGCUUCCCUGGUGGCGCAGUGGUUGAGAGUCCGCCUGCCGAUGCAGGGGACAUGGGUUUGUGCCCCGGUCCGGGAAGAUCCCACAUGCCGCGGAGCGGCUGGGCCCGUGAGCCAUGGCUGCUGAGCCUGCGCGUCCGGAGCCUGU